UUCUGGCCAAUGGGCUGUGCCGCUUGGCGCUGGGGGCGGGCGCUGGGGCCGAGGGUAGCUUGAGCGCGGCGGCGGCGUUGUUCAGUCACAGCGAGAACAUUCCAGAGGUCGCCAGGCCCCGGGCGCUGAAGGGUGUGGACCCCGGACGUCGCUGGGACAGCCCCUCCCCGCUGCUCGGCGGCGCCUGCCUGGCCGCUGGUCGCUGUGCUCCUCCGCCGCCUCCGCCGCCCCUCCUCGGACUCGGGUUCACACGCGCCUCACUUCAUCCCAGUCCCGGGCGAGCAGCGUUGGGUUUAUGUCUUUAUUUGACGAAAACGAGCUGUUGCGCAGCCAUUGGUACCUGUAUUGGGGAAACAUAGCAUACAAGCAAGAAGCUUACAGCCUCAGUGGCGAAAACUUUUUCAUGUCAGAGACCGAGAACUCUUGCAGUCGUUUAUGUCAUCCCUUCUUCUCCAGACAGAAGAUACCAAAAAGUUGCAAUCAAAGAUCUCUUCAUCUUAUUGAUAAAGCCACUAAUAAGCCAAAAUGUCUGUCAACGUCAACCGCAGCGUGUCAGACCAGUUCUAUCGCUACAAGAUGCCCCGUCUGAUUGCCAAGGUUGAGGGCAAAGGAAAUGGAAUCAAGACAGUUAUAGUCAACAUGGUUGACGUUGCAAAGGCGCUUAAUCGGCCUCCAACGUAUCCCACCAAAUAUUUUGGUUGUGAACUGGGAGCACAGACCCAGUUUGAUGUUAAGAAUGACCGUUACAUUGUCAAUGGAUCUCAUGAGGCGAAUAAGCUGCAAGACAUGUUGGAUGGAUUCAUUAAAAAAUUUGUUCUCUGUCCUGAGUGUGAGAAUCCUGAAACAGAGCUGCAUGUCAAUCCAAAGAAGCAAACAAUAGGUAAUUCUUGUAAAGCCUGUGGUUAUCGAGGCAUGCUUGACACACAUCAUAAACUCUGCACAUUCAUUCUCAAAAACCCACCUGAGAAUAGUGACAGUGGUACAGGAAAGAAAGAAAAGGAAAAGAAAAAUAGAAAGGGCAAAGACAAGGAAAAUGGUUCCGUGUCCAGCAGUGAGACACCACCACCACCACCACCAAAUGAAAUCAGUCCUCCACAUGCUGUGGAAGAAGAGGAGGAUGAUGAUUGGGGGGAGGAUACAACUGAGGAAGCUCAAAGGCGCAGAAUGGACGAAAUCAGUGACCAUGCAAAAGUACUGACGCUCAGUGAUGAUUUGGAAAGGACUGUUGAAGAGCGGGUCAACAUCCUGUUUGAUUUUGUUAAGAAAAAGAAGGAAGAGGGUGUUAUUGACUCAUCUGACAAAGAAAUUGUUGCUGAAGCAGAAAGGCUGGAUGUAAAAGCUAUGGGCCCUCUUGUUUUGACUGAAGUUCUUUUUAAUGAAAAGAUUAGAGAACAGAUUAAGAAAUACAGGCGCCAUUUCCUACGAUUUUGUCACAACAACAAAAAAGCUCAACGGUACCUUCUUCAUGGUUUAGAGUGUGUGGUAGCAAUGCAUCAGGCUCAGCUUCUCUCCAAGAUCCCACAUAUCUUGAAGGAGAUGUAUGACGCUGACCUUCUGGAAGAAGAGGUCAUCAUCAGCUGGUCAGAAAAGGCUUCUAAGAAAUAUGUCUCAAAAGAACUUGCCAAAGAGAUUCGUGUCAAAGCAGAACCAUUUAUAAAGUGGUUGAAGGAAGCAGAGGAGGAAUCUUCUGGUGGUGAAGAAGAUGAUGAAGAUGAGAACAUUGAGGUGGUGUAUUCGAAGACUGCCAGUGUACCGAAAGUUGAAGCUGUGAAGUCUGACAACAAGGACGAUGACAUUGAUAUUGAUGCCAUUUAAAGGGGUGGGUGCAGCCCAGCUUAUCAGUGUAAUGCUGAGAAUCUUUCUGCGUCAUCAGCCAGAAGUGCAACAUGUAUGUGCAAAAGCUAAAAUGGCUUCACAUCAUGCUACACUUUCUACUAAAAAUGUAUUGCUGUGAGUGGUCUGUAAUUAAGCCCGAGACAUCUAGGGAGUCCAUACACAUAUCAGUGAGCAGAUAUAGUUUGCUUAUUUAUAACAUUUUUCUUUUGAAAACUUAGUGGUGGACACAUUUGGAUCACAUUUAUACAGUUACAAAAAUAAAGAUUUGAUUUUGGUCAUUCUUCAUAUUUUUGGCUCUGAAUGACUUAAGCUGAAUUAAUUGGCUCCUUUUAAAAGUGUUGCACCAUUAUUUAACUUGAUAGGAUUCUUGGAGCCUGUUAGAAAUUGUUGGGUGCUGAGACAGUAAAGAGGUCUUCAGCAGAAUGUAAGCAUACACUUGUAAUUACCUUAUUCAGUCGUUAAGAAAUACAGUACUUUGAAGUCUUAUCUUUAGUCUCUCAAAUUGGUAUCUGGUAUUGUACAUUCUUACCAUGCCAAGGUGGACAGUGCAACCCCUUUGUCUUAUUGAGGGUAAAAAUGACCUGAGUGUCCUAUGAAUAAUUUUAAGGGCAGGUUUGAAACUUGAAUUGUGUUCUGUUGUGUUUUUUUUUUUUUUCCCAGUUCGUUCACUUACCCCAAAUUGUAGUCAUUGAAGUCCCGUGCAAUGCACGUCGGAUGAGCCAGGGGAAUUAUCACAUUAACAAGUCAGCAUGCUAUGUGUGUAGCUGUUGCUUUGUGCUGAGAGAAAACUCGCAAGUUGGGGUAUGAUUAAAUAGUAAGCUCUAUGAUUUUUAUUUGGGGAAAGAAAUAAAAGGUGCACAUAAUCUCUAGCAAAAACAGCAUAGUAUUUCAACUUUUACAGUUUAAAUUACAAUUUCCAAAUGUUCCCGACAUACUGUAUAUUUUGUUCAGUGUGGAUUUUCCCUGAUACUAUGGCUUAUUUAAUGCCUUCUACAUUUGGACACAGCUGUGCUGUUUAGGUUUGGUUGCUGUCUUGCCAAAAUAAGUGUUACUAUGUCUCAAACUUUUUUUUUCUUCCAAAAUGUCUUAUUUAAAAAGAAAGCUAAAAUUGUACUUGCAAGCCAGAACCUAUAUUUUGGUGCAAGACUUGGGGUGACUUUUACUUAACAUUGAAUAUAGGCAGACACUCAAGAAGUCUGUGUGAUGGCCACUGGAUGCAGGUGACUAGGGCCUGGCCUAGCCCAUCCUGGGCUUUAGAUUUAGAAAUAACUUGCCCAAUUUGCUGAUCUAAAUUCACCUGAUAUGGAUUCUGGCUAUACCCGAGAAAUCAUUUUCAAGGUAGAAACGUAUUGCAUUUAUUCCUUUUCAUAAGAAGUGCACUGCAGAAUCAGGACCACGGGUUAGUUUUAUUUCGAGCACAGGCUUGAAUCAUUCACCUCUUGACUACUUUGUGAUCUUACAAGUUAUAAUAAGACCUUAAAUGUAUGUAAAAAAUUUUCACUCUGAAAUUAUACACACGUUUGGUAUAAUAAAACCUUGUUAGCUUGAUAUUUUAAGGAAUUAAAAUCUAGCUGUUUUACUGGAGAGAUACGAGUUGGUCUCCAGCUGCCUUUUGAUAGAUUUUGAUGAGAGUGAAGCAGAAGCCAUAUACCUGGAGGGGGGAGUGUGCUUUGUCACCAAAGAGAAGAGGUUUUUGCAAGUCCACAUGUCACCUGGGUUUCACAUUCUUCGCUGGAGGCGUUUGCUUUCCUUAUCUGAAAUUCUAGAGAGAGACUGGUGGCCUAAGUCAAGUUGCAUUCAGCGUACCCAGUGUCAAGCUAAUGAGGUUCUGUUAUGGAAGUUUUUUUCCCCCCGCCUCCCACCCCCCCUUUUAAUCUGAAGGAAAACCUAUUCAGGGCUAAAACACUAAAGACAAAAUUUUGGCUUAAACCGGUAUUCAGUCUGGUGCCAAACUUCCGAUAGAAUUCAGAUCCACAAAAUUAUCCAGAGGCUGUCCUAAUAGAGUAAUCAUUCACUUUGCUCUAUUCAACUGUCUUAAAUUUUCUUGUUUCAAACAACUACGUUACUUGAUUAAAACAAUGUUAAAAUUA